AUAUAGACAAUAAUGUAUUUUUACAUGGUCCAUAUUCAUUCUAUUUAUUUUGGUCAGCGAAGAAAAAUAUAUUUCAACGUCUUGGUGAUCAACCUUCGAAUGAACUUCUUGAUAGUCUUAUGCAAGAAGAACAAGAACAACAUUUAAAAAACGAAUAUGGAAUGAUUGAUGAUGAAGUACGAUAUAUAGCUGAUGCUUAUAACGAAAUUGAAAUAAAUCCAAAUGUUUUAUUUCUUAAAAAUCCAAAAGAUUAUCAUCAUAUUCAAGAAAAACAUUCAAAAACUGCUAUUCUUUUUACUGUUAAAUGGGAUUCAUCAUCAAAAUUAGCUCGAAAUACAUUUCAUCAAUUAGCAUUAAAUCUUCAUAAUUAUUUAUCCAUGAUAGAUAUUGAUUGUUUUGAUUGGACCGAUAUAUGUAAUGAAGAAAAUAUUAUUGAAUGGCCAACAUUAGUUCUAAUUGAGAAUGAAAAAAUAAUUAAAACUUAUCAAGGUAGUACCGAUAAAAAUGAAAUGGCAUUAGCUUUAUUUCGAUUUUCGGUUAAUCAACCAUAUUUAAUUGAAAAUAAUUCCAGUGAAGCAUUAAUCGAAAACUUCCUUAUACGUCAAAGAUUAAUUGUUCUUGCUCGAAUUCAACACCAAGAGAAAUUUUUAUAUGAUAUUUAUAAAAAUCUAGUUGAUAUAUUUUUGGAUAAUGAACAUAUUUUUUUUAUGUUUCAAUAUUCAACAGAAAGUUCUUCUCUAAUUAUUAAACAAAAAUAUGGUGAUAUUAAUUCAUUUUUACAAUCGAAAACAAUUGUUCAUACAUUAAAUCAAGAUCUUAAUCAUCUUCAAACAUUAAUUAUUGAUGCUUUACAAAUUCCAUUAAUUCCAUUUGAUCCUCUGGAUAUAAUUAAAUCAACAUCAACAAUAUUUCUAGUAACCAGUCAUUCACAACUUAUUCAACUAAAUGAUUAUUUUUUAUUAAAUAAUCCAUCAACAGAGAAUCCUGUUAUUUGGAUUGACACAAAUUCAUUAUGGGUUCUUACUAUAAAUCAAUAUGGUUAUAUUCCUUAUCCAGCUGUGAUAUAUAUUGAUUAUUCGAAUGGAAAGGUUUAUAUGAAUUCUACUUUGACUGAUAUUGGUGCAUGGCUUGAAACAGUUCAAAUGGGAUCAAUAGAACCUUUCUAUGAAAUAUCAUCAAUUGAUAUAGAUGAAGGACCAUCACAAAAAGAAAUUGACUUUAAUAAACAAAUGAAUGAUGAAGAAUUGCUAAAUGAAUAUCGUAUAAUUCUUGAAGAAAGUGAGAAAAUUAAUGAAUAUGGAAUAGGAUUUGAUUCGAAUGGUUUUCCUAUUGAUAUGAAUUAUUAG